UCCGACGGAAGUACCGUCUCUCUCCUGAUAGGACGAGAGUGACCCAGCCGAUCGGCAGGUGGCCAAGAGGAACUCCCAACGGCCUUCUUCUCCUCUGAGCACGGGUGACAGUGUGGCAUGCCCCCGACCUCUCUUCCUUCCUCCUGGACUAAGCCCUGACGGGUCAGGACAAUAAGGAGAUCGUCCUUGCAUGACCCUGUGAGUAUGCAUCCCUCAUCAGCAGACUUCGGCCACAAGAUGCCUCCAGAAAUGGCCUCUGCUCCCCAGACGCUGGCUCACAAACGGAGCAGCACCCAGAGGUGAACUUAUCUGCCUUGCAGCCCAGGCUCUGGGCUCUCCAACCUGACACGUCAACCUCCAGCUGAGAAAGGAGUCUGUCUAGGAAAAGAACUAGAAUCAACUGAGAGGCACAUUUUUUAAUCACCAGUUACUUUAAUGAGAAGAAGUCACCAUCCUAGCCCAGUCCACCGUACCCCCACUUAACUGAAGAGCCCUAGAGAGACAACCAUUAUUAUUGUAAUAUUAUUUUGUAAUAAGGAUUUGUGACUGAUAAGCUACUAAGUCUCUAAAAGCGUACAGUGCAGAAACAGCCAGCUGUGAACUGGAGAAAGGCGGUGACACAUCUAUUGUCUGUGUCAUCUUGUACGUUGUGGUUGACCACAACGGCUUGGCAUCAGUUAUGACUCCCAGAUCCACCUUUUAUAAAAUGGAUGACCUUGGGCGAUGACUCAAUCUUUUAAUUUUCGAACGUGUAAAAUGGAGAGAAUAAAGCACCAAUUUCAUACGGGUCUUAAGAGGAAUAAAUACUGAACAUACUGUCGGAGCGGGUACUAAAUAACGUGACUAAGUAACAAGUUAACUUGGUAAAUAAUAAGCUAAAGACUAGAUUUCAUUGGAAAGCUCCCUUAACCGCUAAAUCCCAUCCCCCAGAUUGCUGAGCUGACUCUGAAUAACAACAAUUAACAUCGUGGAGUUUACAGAGCAUUUCCUUUCAUUUCCACAAUUAACCCUGAGGUAGGUAGCGCUGUUAGCUUAGUUUUGUUACUGAGGGAUAAGGGAGAAGCUGAGAGCUCUCCUGAGCGUGUGGCAGGAAGAAACUCUUCGGUCCCAACUCAGGUCUCAAGGGAGGAAGGCACGACUUGGGAAAGGCCUGGUGUCAGAAGUGAGCCGGUGCCUUCAGUUCUCCAGCCUAGAUUCUCAUUUCCUCAGCCCCCUCCCCUCCUACACUUCAUCCCUCCUCCUGUUCCCAGCCUUGGGCUUGAAACUGGGGAAAUCUUUGACAUACAUACACUAAUACGUAUAAAAUAGAUAACUAAUAAGAACCUGCUGUAUAGCACAGGGAACUCCACUUCGCUAUGCAGUAGAAAGUUACACAACAUUGUAAAACAACUAUACCCCAGUAAAAAACAAAAUUUAAAAAAAUGCUUUCUGAAAGUAAGAACAAAACCUUUUCAUGGCCCAUAAAAACAUAAAAAUUAAAAAAACAAGAAACUGGGGAGAUGUACACGGAAAGCAGUGAGAACCCAGGGCUUCCAGAUCCCUCUACCAAAGAGAGGUGCUAGGCAGCAGGGCAGACAGAGACUGGCUCUGAGAAUCGUAUUUUUCCAUUCAAGAGCGUUGUUCGCCAUUGAAACACUAUCGCACCUAGUAUCUCAAUACUAUGUAAUAUUAAUAAUAAUACCCACAGCAAUAAUAAAAUAAUAUUCAUUUUAAAAGCUCUUCUGGGCAAUCUCCCUAGAGAAACAUAGGGGCCGUUUCUUCCAUUUCAAGGUUGAACACACAGAGAUAAAGUCAGCACCGGCAGUGGCAGAAGCCCUCCGCCUGCUGACUCAGCGUAGGGUUCGCAUGGCUGGUUAAAUGGGCUUUUGUGGCCAUUCCUGAAGACAGAAUUUUCAGGAUCCAACCUGUUAAUCAGUUGAAAGCAGUUUAGUCAUUAUUAGCACCAGCACCCACACUCUUUUCAGUCAUGGAAACUUUUACUCAGCCAUUGAACCUAGAGUAGUUAGAAUCUAGAGUAGGCAACGUAAGAAUAGAAAAGUUUGAAACAUUGAUGUAGCUUUAGGGCAGCACUGACUUUCCCACUGACCCACUCAGAAGAAGAGCUGACUAUCGGUGACGGAAACAACUAGGUUGAUUUCAUAACCGCCUUGUUUUCACAUGGAAAAAUUGAAAGCUGUGCACACGGCACUGCUUUGUUUUGUUUUACGACAGAGAAUAAAAAGGAAAAUUACAUGCAAAUUUUUUUCCUAGGUAAGAUUAUUUUUUCCUCUUGAUUUCAAUAAAUCUGUAUAGCUGAGGUUAAAAGCCUGGGCUCUGGAGCCAUAUGUCCUCCUAAGGAAGCAAAACAAAAUCUUAAGCUAAUCUAAUCCAUCAGUAGAUUCACUGUCCAGAAGGGACAGGUGCUGCCUCUUCUUACUAGCUGUACAACCCUGGAUGAUUGACAUAACUUCUCCAAGCCUCACUUUACUCACCCAUAAAAUGGAGAUAAUAAUAGUUUCUACUUCACUAGGUCAUGAGAAUAGAAUAGGCCUUGCACAGGGUAAAUGCUCAAUGGAUAAUAACCAUUGGUCCAUGAGGGGUACAAAGAUGGGCGAGACCUAUUUCUGCCACCCAGGACUGGGAUGUACUGGGGUAGAAAUACACAUGGACAAGUAAUUAUAGAACAAAACAGAACCAAGUGCUAAAUAGAGGCAACUGUCAGAGGAAGGGGAGAUUUUUCUGUCUGGGAAACUAGGAAAGGCUCUCAGACAGAAUUGUACUCUAAACUGGGUCUUAAAGAAGGAACAGAAUUUCAAAAGGAGAAGGGGUUAGGGAACGCUCAAUGCUGAGUCAUGGAGCAAACAUGAAGAGGUAAGAAAAAGCCCUCUGGGUAUACGCAAGCUCUAUAAUUCAUCCACAGGCUUUGGAGAGAUGCACAGAAGGAAUGAUCAUACCGUAGGUUAAAAAACAAAGUUUAUAAAUGCAAAAUGUUGUAGUUAUGCUAGCGUAUCAUAUGAAAGUGAAGAUAUGAAAUUGAGAAAUAUGAGAAAACACGUAUACGAUAAAAACUCUCCCAUUUUAGAGAGUAUUUCAAUCAAAAUAAGACACACUUCCUUAAGGAUUAAGAGAAAUGUAUGGGAAGUAGAAAAUUUAACCGUAAAAUCUAAAACAGAGGUGAAAUUGAUUACUGCGCUCAGCCUCCUAAAAUAUAUUGCAACGUUCUCCUCCCUAAAGUGUAUUUUCAAAAAUUACAUCUUAUUUUUUUAUUGCCAAGAAAUAGUUGAACCGGCCUAUAUCCAGGCUGUCCCUGAAGGAUUUUGAUGUUUUACGAACAGUGACAAUGGCCACAGUCAUGAAAAAUAAAAAUGACUUGACCCAAGCGUUUUAGAAGCAGAGUUUGUUUCCACCUAGUUAUCCCCAGCCAGUGUUGCAAGCAUAAAUUAUAGAGCAGUUCUCUGAAAAUGCACAGCAAAAUAUGCCAUCGUUCCCACGGAUGAUCGAUAUUUACCUUUAGGAAGAUUGUUCAAAGGUCACAAGAGAAUUAUGUUAGGAAUUCAGCCACAGUUUGAUGGGAGGAUAAUGGCAUCCAGAGAAUUUAGAAGUGGUAAGUCUAAGUCACUAAGUCACGCAGACUAAGUCACUCCUUGCCCCCCCCCCCCACUUGGAACUCACCUGAACUCACCUUAUUCUACUCACCAGAAGAUGUCAGGCACUCAGGAGACAAGCUUGGGCUAGCUAAAUUUACUGAGCACUUAAAAAUAUGGUAGACCUCAUGUUAAGGACUUUACAUGUGUUCAUUUAACCCUCACUUCUUAAGAAAUCUAUAGUAGUAUUCCUGUUUUACAGGUCAAAAUUCUGAAGUGUUACUCUACCCAGGGUCUCAGAGGCUAGUAAGUGGUGGAGCAGGAUAUAAACCCAGAGGGUUGACUCGAGGGCCCACCCCCUCAGCCUCUGUGCUUUAUGGCCUCAAUUCGGAGUCAUCUGCAUACAAAUAGUAAUUGAUAUGGGGACUGUAUCGUUUGUUUCCUUCCCAAAUGGGACAUUUAGGGGGAGGGUCGCUAUUAACGAUUACGCUGGGAAAGCAGACGUAAACCAGAAAAGCUGGGGCAAUUAGGAGUGUGUGUUCACCUUACGGAUGGACGCCAAGAGCGUGGAUGAAUCCAAAGGAAAGAAUGUGGAAGAAAAGAAGAAAGGAGCCAAUGAGUGGGCCUUGAGAAAGACCGACGUCUGGGGAUGGCCAGAGGAAGAGAAACUCACACAGGAUACCGGGGGAGGUGAGACAGGAGACCAGGGUGUCAGAGUCUCCGGCAGAGUCGUGGAAGGGAGUCACCAUCGGUGCCCCAGCCCCAAGGAGCUAGGAAUGCUACAGAUGUGAUAACGACCGAGAAGUAGUCGCUGAAAGGAGCAACAAGGAAAUCGCUGGGGAUUUACUGACAAACGUUUCGCUUUGGUGCAGUUGGAAGCCAAAAUCAAGUAAAAGGAGGAGUGAGUGGGAGGUGAAGACCCAGACACAGCCAGUUCAAACAACUUUGCAAGAAGUGGCCUUGAAGGGGAAGCAAAAGAUAGGACUGUCUUGGAGGUGGAGUCAAAGACGUUUCCUUUCUUUUUUAAAGCAAGAAACUAGAAUGUGUUUAAGGUUUAAAGAAAGGAGUCAGCCCCAGGAGAUUGAAGGAAACACAGAAAGCAUCAUUCUCCCCUCUCCGGGGGACCUCCUGGAGCAAAGUGCCUGAGGAUGUAGGAGGACCAGCCACCUGAGCUGAGGGAUCACCUUUACACCUGAGGAGAGGAGUAGAAUGUUAACUGACUUGCCCCAAAUCGAAAGAUCAAUCUUUUGAGAAUCCCCAUCUGCAGAAAAGAGAAGUUUGCUUUCCUAAAGAGAAGUUUGAAUCUUUUGCUUUUCUCUUUUCUUUGCAAACUUUACAUGAUACGCAAUUUAAUUUUUGACCAGUUCAAAUUCCACGUAGAAUACUAAACAAACACCGAGAACUGGUAAGCUGUAUAGCCAUCCGCAGAGCCACCGAGUGAAAGGAAGGAGCUAGGCGGCGCGACCCGGGCGUCAUGGUCCACCUGCUCGCCUCCGAAGUACGGCAGCUACUUCACAACAAGUUCGUGGUCAUCCUGGGGGACUCGGUCCAGAGGGCCGUGUACAAGGACCUGGUGCUCCUGCUGCAGAAGGACUGCCUGCUCACACUCAGCCAGCUCAAGGCCAAGGGAGAGUACAGCUUCGAGCAGGACGAGCUGGUGCAGGGGGGCAAGCAGGGCCGCAUGCAUAACGGCACCCAGUACCGCGAGGUGCGCCAGUUCUGCUCCGGCCAGCACCUGGUGCGCUUCUACUUCCUGACGCGCGUGUACUCCGACUACCUGGAAGCCAUCCUGGAGGAGCUGCAUUCGGGCGAGCACGACCCGGACCUGGUCAUCAUGAACUCCUGCCUCUGGGACCUCACCAGGUACGGGGAGGACUCCUGGCCGAACUACCUGCAGAACCUGGAGAGCCUGUUCGGGCGCUUGCGCCAGGUGCUGCCCGAGUCGUGCCUCCUGGUUUGGAACACGGCCAUGCCCGUGGGCAACAACAUCAAUAGCGGCUUCCUCCCGCCCGAGCUCCGACCCGCGGCCUCCACACUGAAAACCAACGUGAUUGAGGCCAACUUCUACAGCUCUGUCGAGGCCCAAAAGCACGGCUUCGAUGUGCUGGACUUGCACUUCCACUUCCGCCGCCACACAGGGAAGUACCUGCAGCCCGACGGGGUGCACUGGAACGAGCGAGCGCACCGGCAUCUCUCCCAGCUUCUGCUGGCCCACGUGGCCGACGCCUGGGGGGUGGAGCUGCCCCAGCGUGACCCAGUGAGCAAGUGCAUCAAGGAUGGCCCCGCGAGGGGAGGACCUGGCAGGAGACUUGAAAGGCAGCUCCCGGCCUGCAGAGAUCAACCGGCCUUCCCUUCUCCGCACCGACCCUUGCCUCUGCCUGGGUGCUGCCCCCUGCUCCCCACGCCAUCUCCCCGCCCACCCCAGUUCCCACUCCUGCCCCCAAAACCCCGUCCCAUCCCCCUUCAGCAGGUGACACCCCCGUUCCUUGUCUGUCCCCAAGAUGCCGAUUUUUCUUCAGACCGUCCUUUCCAAUCGGAUCAGUUCUCCUUGAACCAUUUCCAUUCAGAUAUUCUCCCAUCUACGCAGACAGAAUUUGCCUUCGAUGGUGACUUUAUGUUUAGUCCCCAGCCGCCUAGGCCCCCCUUCCCCCAACCCUGUUAUCAGCAGCGGGCCCCUGUGGUCCAUAGGGGUUUUCCUCGGUAUUGUCCCCGUGGCCCCUACUUGCCCUGGAGAGGGCGGCCCAGAAAUUCCAAGAGAAGGGCCCCAGCCUAUAGAGAGCCAAGGCCUCAAUAGACUGACUUGGGUGCCUUUCUCCUCAUGCACAUGGACUGGACAGAUCGUCCGACUCUCCCCAGACAGACUGACCUUGUUAACUGAAGCCUUUGGUCCAUUGCUGUUAUCAGUAAUGGCAGGGAAGGGCAGUC